AUUGACAGCACCUGGGAGAGUGCAAAUGAGCCAGAAGGCUUGGUGUAUAAAAACAGCAUCCUGGGCUUUGCUCCAGUACCAACAGCUCUUUUCAUCAACAGAUAUUUAUAAAGUGCAUUCUUGACAGUGUGUUUCAGAAUGGCAACCAAAGUGUUGAUUGUAUAUGCCCACCAGAGCUCUGGCUCAUUCAACGCUGCAGCUAAAGAUGCUGCUGUGGAAGUUUUAGUGGCUAAGGGCUGCACAGUAGAAGUAUCUGACCUAUACGCCAUGAAAUUUAAAGCCACUGCUACUGCUGAGGACAUCACUGGUGAUGUGAAGAAUGCAGAUCACUUCCUUUAUGCAGAGGAGACCAAGCUAGCAUGGGAGGCAGGAAAACUAUCUGCUGACAUCACUGAAGAACAACGUAAACUAACUGAGGCAGACCUCAUCAUCUUUCAGUUCCCCAUGUACUGGUUCACGCUUCCUGCAAUCAUGAAGGGCUGGAUUGACCGGGUGCUCACACUAGGCUUCGCCUACUCUCAAGAGAAGCGAUACAGCCAGGGAAUCUUCAAGGACAAAAAAGCCAUGCUGUCCUUCACCACUGGGUCUCAUGAGUCCAUGUUCAGUGCAAAUGGCAUUAAUGGAGACAUGAAUGUCACACUGUGGCCACUACAGAAUGGCAUCUUGCACUACUGUGGCUUCCAGGUUCUGGCCCCUCAAAUCUUCUGGGCUCCAUCUCACGUUCCCUCUGAGGCACGCACCACCAUGCUUGAAGGCUGGCGUACACGUCUGCAAGGCCUCCUAGAAGAAGAACCACUGAACUUCACUCCUUUGGACUGCUUCGAUGGGGAGAAGGGUUUCCAGCUGAAGCCUGAAGUGUGUGAAAAACAUGCCACUAUGGAGUUUGGACUGACUGUGGGGAUUCACCUGGGCAAGCCACUGCCACCUAACAACCAGAUGAAAGCUGGAGUCUGAAGACAACAAGAACUGAGUGUCUUGUUUAAAUGAAUAAAAUAAAAAAAAAAAUAAGACUAAAAUGCUUCAUUACUGAAGUACUCAAAACA